AGACUAGAUUUUUGUGGUGGAGGGUAUAAAGCUCGGAAGAUUCUGGAACCAGUUGAAGGAGGAGGAGGACGACGACGACGACGAUCGGAAGGUGGGUCUGGCGAUGGCUUCUCUCCCUUCAACGACCCUCGCACCAACCGCCGCCUUCUCCUCCGCCAGGGCGCCGUCGUUCUCGCCGAGAGCGGCCGCGUCGCUGCCGCUGCCGGCCGACAAGUUGCCCGGCUGCCCGUCUCCGUCGUCUCUCUCGCCGCGCGCGUUCACCGUCGUGGGCAGCCCCGCGCCCGUGCUCCGGUCCAGGACCCGCGGGACCUUUCGCUGCUUCGCUUCUGUAUUAACUCCUCAGCUCAAGAGUACACUGGAUACGGUGGUUAAUUCACAUAAGGUGGUUUUGUUCAUGAAGGGAACUAAGGAUUUCCCUCAAUGCGGGUUUUCAAACACCGUUGUGCAAAUACUGAAGUCCUUCAAUGUACCUUUUGAGACUAUAAAUAUUCUUGAAAAUGAACUACUCCGUCAAGGACUAAAGGAGUACUCCAGCUGGCCGACCUUUCCUCAACUUUAUAUCGAAGGAGAGUUUUUUGGAGGGUGUGACAUCACCAUUGAGGCAUACAAAAGCGGGGAGCUGCAGGAACUAUUGGAGAAAGCAAUGUGCUCCUGAUGCGCUCUCUGUUUCGGAAAGAUCGAUUGUAUGCAUUCAUGGCGGAAUGCGGAAGUUUCUGCGGAUUUGCUCUAGGAUGAAAGAAAUUUGAGUAGAACAUCUCAUUGUCGAUGUUUAUCUUUACCUGUAAUAACUGCUAAAAGUCUACUGAACUGCACGCCCUGUUCCAUUGCCCAGGA